UUUUUUAAAGAAACUCUAGUUUUCUUGCACGCUUCCGUGACGAAUUUGCAGGUAUCCAAAGGUGAAAAUGGACGUGGAGCGCGGAAUGCGAAAUUCCUUCUCUAGUCUGGCAACUCCUAUAAGUGUGACCAGCUGAUAUUAAGACAAGUCGUCGGGCAUCUCUUGUUAAAAUAACAAUAAACUUUAUUUUUACAAUCUAAAUAAAAAAAUUAUAAGACAACAAGCCUAAACAGAUAAGCAAUUUAAAUUCAAAUGAACGACUCCUCGGAUUCUGAAUACGAGGACGUUGAGUACCUGGUCUUUGCGGAUUUUAAGAACUCCAUCGAACCCAACGAGCUUAAGCACGAGGAUGCGGCCAUUAAGGUCAUUGGGAUCGAGAGCGACACUCCAAUGGCUGAGGUGAAUGGCCACAUCUAUAGGGGUCGUUACGAAUAUUCCGUGGGAACUAAUUUGUUCUUCGAGAAGGACAACCGGGACGAGAAGCAAGCUGGGGAUCCGCUAUACGAGUCCGUGUGUCGUCAGCGGUACAAGUACGUGGAUAAGUCCACCAAGGUGAUAUCCUUCGAGCGAACCUACAUAGACAACUUGCAGCAGCUGCUGGCUGAGAAGUCGGCCAAGGCUGAAGAAGGCGAACAGGCGGGAACUGAGCAAUCUCUCAAGUUGAAUAUAACCUACAAGGAAGCGAUUAACAAGUUCGGGGAGGAUCUUUAA